UAUAACUUUGGGCAAUUAACAAAGUGCCAAGAGAAUCUUGCUCCGUGUGUUUCCUUCCCUGGUAUGUUCAAGGAAAUGGUCUACAAUAUAACUUUUCUUAGCUUCUUAAACUUUUCUCCUAUUCAACUUUUUCUUCUUUUAUCCUCCUAAACAAAUAGGAUUUCUUUUGUGAGCUAUAUAAAGGUCAAAAAAUGGUCUUAGAGGCUAUGGUUUAUCCACGAGAUCAAUUCACUCACAACUCCAACGAAUACUUGUACUCAUUCGUUGGAACCAAUGCGAGUGAAAGAUCUUGGCACCAAAAUCAAAUAGCCGAAGAAAAUGACGUAUUUGGAAUCAUCAACAAGAAGUUAGACCAUAAUAUCCAAACAAAUUGGGAUUCUUCUUCUCCUUCAUUGUUGCAAAAUGUGAUAGAUAAAUGGGAUUCAAACCCUUCCUUAUUAACUUCCACUAUUGAAGCCACUGCAACAACCACAACCACUUGUCGACGCAAACGACGACACAUCAAGUGCAUAAAAAACGAGGUGGAAAUCGAGAACCAGAGGAUGACUCAUAUUACAGUUGAGCGCAACCGAAGGAAACAGAUGAACGAGUACUUUGCUGUACUUAGAUCUUUGAUGCCUCCUUCUUAUGCACAAAGGGGUGAUCAAGCAUCAAUAGUUGGAGGAGCAAUUAACUUUGUGAAGGAGUUAGAGCAACUUCUACACUGUAUGAAGGGUGAAAAGAAAAAAAACGAACAAGUACAAGAAAAUGGCUUAAUUAUUGGAUCAUCACCCUUUGCUGAGUUCUUCACGUUCCCUCAGUACUCGACCUGGUUGACUCAGAGCAACACGUGCUACAUUUCCAAACAAAAUCAGUCACGUGCCAUGUCAGAUAUAGAAGUGACUUUGGUUGAUAAUCAUGCAAAUAUAAAGAUAAUUUUGAAGAAACGACAUGGACAGGUUAUGAAGAUGGUUGUUGGGCUUCAAAACCUUGGUUUCAAUGUUCUUCAUCUUAAUGUUGCCACUGCGGAUGAUAUGGUACUUGUCUCACUUAGUAUCAAGGUAGAGGAAGGGUGUCAUCAUAACACGGGGGAUGAAAUUGCAGCAGCUGUGAAUCAAUUAUCACGCACAAUCUAGGUGGAACUGCUGCUUUGAACUGAAUUACACUUUAAACAUUACUAUAUUUAAGUUUGUCGAUUUAACUUUUCUCUUUAUAUUUAUUUUUUUUUAUAAUCAUAUAUUAAAUUGUGUAUACCGCCACAAUGCAAGGUAUUUUACAUAUUUUAUACUGUAAGUCAAUCUCUACUAUCAGAUUAUUAUAUUUUUU